ACAAAAUGUCUGUCUCCGGUCAGACGAGAGCUUUUGCACAGAAACUAAGCAAACAGGGUGCAGCUGAAGUCCGUCGCCAGGUAUCUUCAUCUGUUUGUUCUAGUCAAGAUUUAAGUAGAAGUGCAAGUACACAAUCAUUGAUCAAUCACUUACAACCUACUCUGGUCCCAUUGAACGACACACCUGAGCCUGUGGACUAUGAAGAGUUUGUGCUACACAACCAGUGUAUGGUGGAAAGAGACCCAUUCAAAGACUUGCUCUUAUAUCCUGAGGAUGACAUUCAAGUUCACAAAGUUAAAAAAGAGUGUCGAACCCUUGAACCCAGCAGACCAGAACCAGGGUCUGAAGUUGACCCACAUGUCAGAGACUGUGUCCGCAGAUAUACAUCGGACUACUCUGUAGUUGUUAGAAGAUACCAACGCUACAGUUCAAGUGCAUGUAGUAAAGAGCGCCUUCCAGAACACAACACCUUUCAACAUGAAUAUGAAAUUGAUGUUGAAGAGUUUCGGGGAGAGGAGCAGGACACCAACAAACGCCAGUCCAUCCACAUGACUGAGACACCCAGAGGCAGCUGGGCCAGCUCCAUAUUUGAUCUCAAACAGUCCCAGGCCGACACCCUGCUGCCCAAUUUGUUUGAUAGAAUCACAUAUGAUGAAGUUGAUAGAAACAAUGAAAAUAUUCGUCAGCAAAAUCGUUAUGACAACAUCUUCAGCUUGUACCCUCCUCAGGACGAGGAAGAGGUGGUAGAGCGCAGAAGUCCUCCUGAGGUUCCUAAAGAACAUUUUGGCCACAGAAUUCUUGUCAAGUGUUUACAGCUCAAUUUGGAGAUGGAUGUUGAACCAAUUUUUGUUUCCAUGGCGUUGUAUGAUUCUAGAGAGAGGAAAAAGAUAUCUGAGACAUUUCAUUUUGAUUUGAACACUGACCAGACCAUACGCCUCAUCAGUGGUCAUGUGAGUCAUGCAGACAUCUCCUCAGUCAGCCGCUCAUGCAUCUUCAGCAUCACAUAUCCUUCACCUGAUGUUUUCCUUGUUGUCAAGCUUGAGAAAGUUCUACAACAGGGUGACAUCAAUGAAUGUGCUGAACCUUAUUUAAAAGAAGAUAUAGCAUCAAAAGAAGACAAGUAUAGAAGCCAAGCUGUUCAGUUCUGUGACAGACUGGGCAAAUACCGCAUGCCCUUUGCCUGGACUGCCAUCUAUCUGAUGAACAUAGUCAAUGGGGGCAGUAUGGAGAGGGAGGGGAGAAGGGAAGGGAGAGAAGCCAGUGUGGAGAAGAGAACUCGUGAGGCCAGUGUAGAGAAGACAACAGAGCAUGAAAUGUCUCGAGCUGCAAGCCUAGAUGCAGGUUCCAAUGAUCGCAGGACAGGGCCUAGCACCAGCCAGUUUGACAGUUUCCGCAAGAGGUCAAAGGAUGACAUUUCCACUGGUAGGCGGGGCUCUCUUGACCGGGGGCGGAGUGGCUAUGAGAAGUUCCGCAGUUGGUCCCCAGAUGAUUAUGGUUCGAGGCUUGAUAACUUCAGGCCUGUGACUCUUACAGUUUCCAGCUUUUUUAAACAGGAAGGUGUCAAGUUGAGUGACGAUGACUUAUUCAAGUUUUUGGCUGAUCUCAAGAGGCCAAGUUCUGUUUUGAAGAGAGUUAAAUGUAUACCAGCCAUUUUAAAACUGGAUAUUUCACCCUGUCCUGAGGAGCCUCGUUACACCUUGACCCCAGAGCUUCUCAAAGUUGAACCUUACCCAGAUGACAAAGGGCGGCCAACCAAGGAAGUGCUAGAGUUCCCAUCUAAGGAAGUUUAUGUUCCAUACACAGUCUACAGAAAUCUGGCUUAUGUGUAUCCUAAGAGCCUUAACUUCACCAAUCGCCAAGGUUCUGCCCGCAAUUUAGCUGUUAAAGUACAGUUCCUGUCAGUAGAGGAUGAGAAUUAUGCCUUACCUGUCAUCUUUGGUAAAUCUAGUUGCCCAGAGUUCUCCAAGGAGGUGCUGACAGCAGUUACUUAUCAUAACAAGUCACCAGAUUUUUAUGCUGAGGUUAAGAUCAAGCUUCCAGCCAAAAUAACAGAAACCCAUCACCUGUUGUUUACCUUCUACCACAUCAGUUGUCAGGUGAAGAAGAAUGAGCCCACCCCCACAGAAGUCCCCGUGGGCUACACAUGGCUGCCCUUGUACCGUGAUGGCCGACUCAUCACAGGAGACUUCAACCUUCCUGUUUCUAUUGAGAAGCCCCCUAAUGGCUACUCCCUUCACCAUCCUGACGCACCACCCUUAAACAUGAAGUGGGUAGACAACCACAAGGGAGUCUUCACUGUUGCCAUAAAAGCUGUCUCUUCAGUCUUUGCACAGGAUGAACACAUUGACCGUUUCAUGAGUUUGUACACGUCAGUCCAAGAGCAAAAAAUUCCAGCUAGAAUGAAUGAAAUUGGUUUUGAAAAUGAGCUCAAGCGCAGUAUUAUGGAUGUAAAUAAUGCAAAGGGAGAGAACUUGGUCCAGUUUUUACCCUUAAUCCUGGACAGAUUAAUCAGUUUGAUGGUUCGUCCACCAGUUAUAGGAGCAAACACUGUCAAUGUUGGACAAGCCACUUUUGAGGCCAUUUCUCAGCUUGUAUUGAGGGUCCAUGAAAUUCUGGAAGAGCAAAAUGACCAGAAUGGCAGAAACAUGCUUCUAUCAGCCUACAUCCAGUACAGCUUCAGCAUACCUUUGUUAGGACUGGUGCACCAAGGGUCCUCCCCCAACAUUGGCAGCCCCCACACCCAGGGUUAUGCCACACUUGGACGCCCCUCCUCUCUUCCUGUUUCCAAGACUAACUACCAGCGCAGCUCCAGCAACCCUGACCUUGCAGGCAACACGCCCACCUCACCAGACAUGGAGUUUACGUUUAAUCGACCGUUAGAUCGCACUGGAAGCAUGCGAGUAGAGGAGCCAUCACAGAACAUGCCCAAAGUCAGAGGGAAAAAGCUUGUCCAUGAAGAGUUAGCCCUCCAGUGGGUGGUGUCCAGUGGCUCAACAAGAGAAUUAGCUUUGAAAAAUGCAUGGUUUUUCUUUGAGCUUAUGGUGAAGGCUAUGGCUGAACACCUGGAUCAGGUGGAUAAACUUUGUGUGCCUCGACAAAUGCGCUUCCCUGAUCAUUUUGUUGAUGAUGUCCACUCACUGGUCACCAACAUUAUCAAGGACAUAGGUGACCGCUACAUUAAGGAGCCUCCAUUAAUUAAAGGGCUGAAUAACAGCCUAGCCUUUUUUCUGCACGACUUACUGUCUCUGAUGGACCGCGGCUUUGUCUUCCAGCUGAUACGUCACUACUGUAGAACACUGUCCAUAAAGAUGAAGAUGCUGUCAGACACGACAAGUCUGAUGCUGCUCAGGCUAGACUUCCUCAGGAUCAUAUGCAGCCAUGAACACUUCCUGCCACUCAACUUGGCCUUUGGCACACCACUGACCCCAAGUGGACUUCACUCCCCCACCAGCAGCAUAAGCUCACGCAGCUCAGUGACUUCAAGCACCACAUUGGUUGGCAAAUCAAAAGCAGUGUAUUACAGCUUGAGUCCCCACUUCUGUAGCCAGCAUUACCUGGUUGGGUUGAUAUUGUCUGACCUAUCUAUAUCCUUUGAUGCCAGUAAUCCUGUGAUCCACCAAAGAGCUAUAAGUGUUCUUCGAAACAUCCUUUACAACCAUGACCUUGACAUUCGUUACACUGACCCAGAGAUCAAAAGCCGUUUAGCUACUCUUUACCUGCCAGUCAUAGCUAUAGUGCUAGAGGCCUUGCCUCAACUUCACGAUCCUGGGCUGGAAAACAAAAUAAAGGGCAUUGGCUCCAUGAUGUCUGAUGAGGAGGGUGACAAAAUCAAUCAGAGGGUUGCUAUGGCAAUAGCUGGCUCAAACGUAGUUAAUCGCAUCCACUCAUCCUCUACAGUUGCACAAAGCCAUGAAGACUCAGGGGAUGGCUCAAAGGCGCGUAAGACCCCCCUAAGUCUGGAGUCUACCCGAAGCCUCCUCAUGUGUUUUCUCUGGGUGUUAAAGAAUGCCAAGCAGUCUCAGUUGAAAUCUUGGUGGUCUGACUUGCCCAUAGCUAAACUGGCAGAUCUUCUACAAGUUCUGUUUUUAGCUGUCUCAAAUUUUGAGUACAAGGCCAGGUGGGCGAUGCCUUCACUAGAGAAGUUGAGGCGCAGGACCUGGUCAGAUGAGACCCUUGAAGAAUGGGGUGGAGGGGACAGAGGGAGUCCCAGCCCCACCCUGGGCCUGCCCCGCCAUAAAAGUCAGACACUGCCCAAAUCACAGUCCCUGCAUGAGCAGCUGUGGGAGGGGAUACAGCGCAAGUCUGUGGACUUUCUGAGAGGAGGAAGUCACUUGUUGACCAGGACCAACAGUAAAGAGGAUUCACCUGCUCAGCAGGGUAAACGGAUGGUGGCCCAGUGCUCCCAGCAAACAUUGAAGAAAAGUGUGGACAUGAAAUCUAGACUGGAGGAAGCCAUUUUGGGAACAGGAAAUGCUAGGACAGAGAUGAUGAUGAGACGGCGCCAGAAUUCUCAUAGCUCACUCUCUGGUCUUGGUGGUGCCCAAACCCCUCCCCCCAACCCCGCACCUGAGAGUGGAGGUUCAAGACUGAGGUGGCGUAAAGACCAGGUACAGUGGAGGCAUUCAGUGGAGUUAACAGACAGUCCAAGACCUCUGGAACAUGAACUAGAAGCUCAGGAUGAGAGCAGCCUUGCAGCAGAGGUCAGCAUGAUCUGUCUGGACAGUCUAGAACUCAUCAUACAGAUUGCCCAAAAUUGUGAGCUGCUCCAGCCAUUACUGGGCUCCACGCUGAAGGUGUUGCUGCACAUGUUGGCCCUCAACCAAAGCUCAGCUGUGCUGCAGCAUCUCUUCUCUACCCAGAGGGCUUUGGUCACCAAGUUUUUGGACCUGUUAUUUGAAGAAGAGACGGAGCAAUGUGCUGAACUGUGUCUGAGACUGCUGCGCCACUGCAGCUCCCCCAUCUCUGUCACACGCUCUCAAGCCUCCGCAUCCCUCUACUUACUGAUGCGUCAAAACUUUGAGCUCGGAAACAACUUUGCCCGCGUCAAGAUGCAGGUAACGAUGUCCCUGAGUUCGCUGGUUGGGCAGAACCAGACUUUCAAUGAAGAGUUCCUCAGGAAGUCUCUCAAGACAAUUCUCACCUAUGCUGAGGCUGAUCAAGAUCUGGAGAACACAUCAUUUAGAGAGCAGGUGAGAGAUCUGGUGUUCAACCUGCACAUGAUCCUGUCAGACACAGUCAAGAUGAAGGAGUUUGCUGAAGAUCCUGAGAUGCUGCUAGAUCUCAUGUACAGGAUAGCCAAAGGUUACCAGAACUCUCCCGAUCUCAGGCUCACCUGGCUACAGAAUAUGGCCAGAGAUCACAGCAAGAGAGGGAACCAUGCGGAGGCUGCCCAGUGUCUGGUCCAUGCUGCUGGUCUAGUGGCUGAGUACCUGAACAUGUUGGAGGACAAGCCCUAUCUACCUGUUGGCUGUGCUGCUUUUCAGAAAAUCACCCCUAACGUGCUAGAAGAGAGCGCUGUGUCUGAUGACGUGGUCUCCCCUGAUGAAGAGGGCAUCUGUACUGGAAUGUAUUUCACUGAGAACGGCUUGGUUGGACUCUUAGAGCAGGCGGCCAGUUCUUUUAACAUGGGUAGUAUGUUUGAAGCUGUGAAUGAGGUCUACAAACUUAUGAUCCCCAUCUAUGAACAAAACCGCGACUACAAAAAACUGGCCCAUGUCCAUCAAAAGUUGUAUGAAGCAUUUACUAAUGUCACGCGUCAAGAGGGCAAGCGUAUCUUUGGCACGUACUUCCGUGUGGGCUUCUAUGGCAGCAAGUUUGGGGAUCUAAAUGGUGAGGAGUUUGUCUACAAGGAGCACAUGAUCACAAAACUACCAGAGAUUUCACAUCGCCUAGAGAGUUUCUAUGGUGAGAGGUUUGGUCAUGAGUUUGUCGAGAUUGUUAAAGACUCGAACACAGUGGAGAAAGACAAACUGGAUCCAGAGAAGGCUUACAUCCAGAUCACCUAUGUGGAGCCCUACUUUGACAUGUAUGAGUACAAAGAAAGAAUAACUUACUUUGAUAAAAACUAUAAGCUGAAGAGGUUUAUUUAUGCCACACCCUUCACACUGGACGGCAGAGCUCAUGGUGAACUGCAUGAACAAUACAAGCGCAAGACAAUCCUGACCACCAACCAUUUCUUUCCCUACAUCAAGACUAGAGUCAAUGUCAUUGAGAGGCAACAGGUCAUCCUGACCCCUGUAGAGGUGGCCAUUGAAGACAUCCAGAAGAAGACAAGAGAACUUGCUUUAGCCAUGUCUCAGGAGCCUCCAGACCCAAAGAUUUUACAGAUGGUUCUACAAGGAUGUAUUGGUACAACAGUCAACCAGGGACCACUUGAGGUGGCUCUAGUAUUUCUGAGUGACAUCACAGAAGGCAAACAGCUGCCAUCUAAGGCCCACACCAAGCUUAGACUGUGCUUUAAAGAUUUCCUCAAAAAGUGUGGGGACGCCCUCCAGAAGAACAAGUCUCUGAUAUCCCAUGAACAAAAGGAAUACCAGCGCGAGCUAGAGAGGAACUACCACACCUUUAGGGACAAAAUCAGUCCCAUGAUCUCAACUACCACACUAAGGAAACCCCGCCAUCACAAGAGCAAAGAAGGAAAAGAAUACCGAAGCAAACGGCAUUCGUCUGAGCAGAAUUCUACCAUCUGUUGAUGACACAAGCAAGCGACUUGUUUUGACAAAAAAAAAUUAUGAAGAAAAUUGUUAUUAAAACUGCCACGUGUUUUAUUGUAGGAAAAAAAAGUUUCCUGAUAAAGCCACAUGUAGAGCUUCUGGUAUUUUUGUAAAUAUUUGAUGCUUGAGUCAGUGCUGCUAGUGUUGAGUCAGUGCUGCUAGUGUUGAGUCAGUGCUGCUAGUGUUGAGUCAGUGCUGCUAGUGUUGAGUCAGUGCUGGUAGUGUUGAGUCAGUGCUGCUAGUGUUGAGUCAGCGCUGGUAGUGUUGAGUCAGUGCUGCUAGUGUUGAGUCAGUGCUGCUAGUGUUGAGUCAGUGCUGCUAGUGUUGAGUCAGUGCUGCUAGUGUUGAGUCAGUGCUGGUAGUGUUGAGUCAGCGCUGCUAGUGUUGAGUCAGCGCUGGUAGUGUUGAGUCAGUGCUGGUAGUGUUGAGUCAGUGCUGCUAGUGUUAAGUCACUAAGACCAAUAUUUUCUCUAGUCAAUUCCAUCAUGUCUGAUUAAUGCCACAUAAUUGUGCAAUCUGAAUGUGUUCUUGUAAAUAUCUUUGUAGCUGUUGUUGUUUUUUUUUCUGGACUGACACGUCGCUAGGCUGGCUUACAUUUUCAAGUAAUUUUCUUUCAUAGCAUUUAGUAAGUCCAUGACAGCAGUGUAAAUAGUUAACUUUCCCAAAAGUUACCCACACCUACCCACUGUGUCCACACCACACCUACCCACUGUAUCCACACCUACCCACUGUGUCCACACCACACCUACCCACUGUAUCCACACCUACCCACUGUGUCCACACCACACCUACCCACUGUAUCCACACCUACCCACUGUAUCCACACCUACCCACAACAAAUAAACGAGUGAUAACACAGUGUAAUAAUGUGACAUUAACAAGUCUAUUAAAUGUAUUCUUUGCAUGUCUAUAACUCUAUCAAGCUGAGGCUGUAGAGAACUUCUCUAAAGCAUGUACUUAACAAUACAUAAUUCAACGCAAAUCUUUUUUUAUGGCACAACCUGUUUUGUAUUUUAACAAUUGUAGAUAAUAAACAAGUGAAUUCCA